ACAAAUAGUAUUGUCAGCAUGUGGUAAAUAGUAUGGUUAUAACAAACAAAACAAUAAGAUAACGAGGGGCCAACCAAUGGCUAUUACUCAGAAUUGAUUUGACGAUCCAGCGAAAUAGUUGACAAGUGAUAAACUCUGACCCGCGUAGUCGGGGUGUUCAUUCAUCGCAGGAAGUUCUCUAAAAUUGGAAAAAUGUGGUUAAAAUUUGUGAUUCUGUGCUUCGUGUUUACUUUUGGAAGCAGUGAAGAUGCUUCUCAUAUCGAAACGACGACGGUAUCCAAGCUUGCAGAGGGUGAAGAAAAAAUAAGUGAAUACAUACUUCAAGUGCUGGAGCAUUUCAAAAAACCAAACCCCGUCGGUCUACCCGGAGCUAAGAUACCAGAACCUUACCAUGUGCCAGAUAUGAAACAGUCUAUUUCACUGGGAACAAUGUAUUUCAAGAAUACAGCUGUAUAUGGUAUUAGCAAAUUUCGCAUUUUGCAUGUAGACGCCGAAAUGGGCGCUAUGGAGGUUCAUGCGGCGAUUGCAAUAGACAAACUGCAAGCACGCGGUAACUACACGAUGGCAACUUGGUUGAGCAAAGUGCAAGGUCCAUUCACAGUAGAUGUAACUGGAAUUAAAAUAACAGCUAAAGCGAAUCUUGGAGUAGAACGAGAUGGGAAAAUAAGAGCCCAAGAUAUCGUUAUCGAUAUUGGCUUUACAAAUAUUGCCAUGGACUUUCAAAAUGCAGGUUUCUUAGGUGGAAUGUUGCAGGGUGUUGUGAACUCAAUGGGAACGUUCCUGUUUGAUUCUAUCAAACCAUACAUUCUCAAGGAGGCAUACACUAAAGCGAGAGAAGAAAUAAACAAGAAGCUUGACGAAGUAGCGGGUGACAUGCAAUUCCCGAAUUCUAUAUCUCCUUUAGAUAUGGUUAUAGCUGACGCUAGGAAAAAGGUUAGAGAUCUACAAAUGGACCCCUAUAAAGUACAAGAUUAUAACACUACAGUCAGCAUUUUCACAGUCACUCUAUCUAACACGUGGGUCACAGGAAUAUCUUCGUUUCACAGAGUCGGUAAUAUCACUUUGAUGAUGGAAAAAAAUACUGCUAUAGCUGAUUUCGAAAUUGGUACGCAAAAAUUGGAAGGGACAACUCAUUGGGAUAUAUCAGCUAUAAGCGGCUUAAUGUCAAGAGCUGGUAGUGCAUCGUUUUCAGUGGAAUAUAUAAGUGGUAGGGUCAUAUUAGCACAGCCACUAGAUACAAGAGAAAAACCACAAUUCAGAGAUUUAGACCUCGAAGUUGGUAAUAUCCAAGUACGUUUUGAUGGAGCGGGUACUAUCGACUACGUUGUCGAAUUAGUAGUAAAUAUUCUGCCUAAUUUACUUCGUUAUCAAAUCAUGGACGCCUUAGAGACGCCUAUUAAAGAAAAGGUUCAGCAAGAACUGAACAAAAUCAAUGUUGAAGAAAUGAUUAAGCAGGAAUUACCAAAGGUAGAUCAAAUGCAAGAAGGAGGCGGUCUCAAAUUAUCAACUCUUAUAGCAACAGAGAGCAAAGAAGAACCUUAUGACGAAGAUGAAUUUUUUAACUUUUAGAUAGUAACAUAAAAAAAAGCUUUAAAUUUCCUAAGCAAUUUGAGAUUUAUAAAGAUUGCUAAUAAAAAGUUUUUAACUGUACAUAUUUUAAUCUCGAUCGUACAUUCAUAAAAAACACAAAUCGAAAGAACUAAAGUACUUAGCACCAGGAUUAAAAAUGUUCAGUUUCAUUCUGAAAUCGAUUUAAAAAGUUGAAUAUUUAUUAAUAAGGUACCUACUAUUAUGUGAUAUUAUAUUUGUCGUAUUUCCAUUA